CAGACACCCACGGAAACGAGCGCGUCACAACCGCCGCGGGCGGGGCGGAGGCCGCCUCAUGGAUGCAUCCACAUGCUGCGCAUGAUCAAGAAGGGAAUUCUUGCACCACACUUUUUAUCUCGCCAUGUCUACACCACUGCCACCACCAGGAACCACGAUGCCUUUGUGCUGCUUCAACGGAUGCCCCAACUUGGCGCUGCCCGACCACAUUGACGGCAAGUGCGAAGUUCACAAGCACAAGGGCAAAUGCCGGGCCCCAAUGUGCGGCAACCAAGUGUACGCUCGCCACCUGUGCGUACGACACGGAGCAAAGCGGAGAUGCCAAGUGCCCGACUGUUGGGCGAAUGCCCGUCGCGGCAACUAUUGCAGCCGCCACGGUGUCCCUGCCUUUCGCAAGAGCUGUAUCGAGGAGGGAUGCUCCAAACAUGCGCAGCGGAAUCAAAGGUGUGUUGCCCACGGCGGAGGAAGGAGAUGCAAAGCGAACGACUGCACGCGAUGCGCCCGAUCCGGAGGGUACUGCGCCCGACACGGCCGCGAGCUCAUCCAGCAAACGUCGCUACUAGCCAGCACCGACCACAUGGACCCUGUUGUGAUAUCGACCAGGCCCCUCGACGUGGACGACGACGAGGCCAAGGAUGUCGAAGUCGAGCCGAUCCAUGACUUUAUGGAAGUCGACGCCGUCGUGUUGGGGUAUUUUCUUCGAUAACUAAUGGGCAAAACCAGAUUCGAG